AUGGGCUCUUUCGGUGAGGUCACGGAGUUCGGUCAUGGCUUCAAGGCCCAGUUCUUGCUUGAUCCCAAAUACGUCAACUUGAAUCAUGGUUCAUUCGGUACCUACUCAAUACCGGUCCGCAAUGCUCGGCGAGGUUAUCAGAAGUUGUCCGAGGCAGCCCCGGAUAAAUUCCUGCGGUACCAAUAUAUUGAUCUCCUGGACAAGUCGCGGGAGCGCAUAGCAAAACUCCUCAAUGUCCCCACCGACGAGUGUGUUUUUGUACAGAAUGCUACGUCUGGUGUCAAUACGGUCCUGCGCAAUCUACAGUAUAAGGAAAGGGACUGCAUUAUCUAUUUCGAUACUAUCUAUGGAGCCAUUGAGAAGACGCUGGCUUCUAUUAUCGAGACAAAUCCACAACUCCAACUUCGCAAGGUUGGACAUGGACAAGACUUUGCCUACUCUCUUCCUUGCACGCAUUCCGAGAUCCUCAAUGCGCUGUCACAGACGAUCUCACGAGUCCUGUAUGAUGGGCUGAACCCCAAGGUCUGUAUUUUUGAGACGAUAGUGUCUUUGCCGGGGGUGCGGUUCCCGUUCGAAAGGAUCACCAGAAUGUGCAAAGAAUACGGUAUUCUUAGUUUGAUUGAUGCGGCCCACGGGGUCGGUCAGAUACCCCUGAAUCUAUCCCAGCUCGACGCUGAUUUCUUUGUCAGCAACUGCCACAAGUGGCUCUAUACCCCACGAGGCUGUGCUGUUUUUCACGUGCCUAAGCGUAAUCAACACCUCAUUCGAACGACUUUUCCAACCUCACAUGGCUUCGUGCCGCUGGCAACGUCGCCGAUUCGGAACCCUCUUCCGCCGAGCGACAAGUCAGACUUCGUCAACUUGUUUCAAUUUGUCGCUACUGCGGACAAUACCCCUUACUAUUGUGUCCCGGCGGCCCUCAACUUCCGGCAAAAUUUAUGCGGGGGUGAGGAAGCCAUCUACAACUACAUCAGGGAUAUCGCACAAAGAGGGGCUGACCUCCUUGCUAUGCUACUCGGAACUGAAGUCAUGGACGAUUUGGACGCGGGAUACGGAUUGCGAACAAUGGGAAGCUACGAAGCCAGUGAUAAACGUGACGGAGGGCGUAUAGGUUGGGCUGGCGGUCUCAGGGACUGCGCCAUGGCCAACGUGCUCUUGCCAAUCACCAUCAUUGGCGCCUAUUCUCGGGGAAGCAUUAGCAUGGGGCCUGGUGGAGCCGGAAGUGCAGGUGGGCUCUCUCCCGCGUUGCGUCAGUCGUCGUACGGGUUCCCCAGUGCAACUGGUGUUUCGCAGCUUCGAUCGUCUUCGGCCAGCUCAGCAGGACACCUGGGCGAGCCCAGACGUUCCAACUCCCCUCUCAAUUCUCCGAGCCUGCAUUCGGCAGGUCCCAUCAUCAUCCAGGAAGCAGAUGUAGCCACCCACAUCGCCUGGAUGGAAAAGACCUUGGUGGACGAGUACAACACGUUCGUCGCCAUCUACGAGUACGACGGGAAACUGUGGACCCGGAUCUGCGGCCAAAUCUACCUGGAGCUCAAGGACUUUGAGUGGCUAGGAGGUGUGCUUAAGACGCUAUGCGAACGAAUUCGAAACGGAGAGUCUUUGCGGGGAAGAGCGAGGACACCAGGGAUUGAAAAGGCGGAGCUCGAGGCUUUGAGCUUGAAGUCGCCAUUUCCAUCCAGACAAAACACCGGUGAGGUGCUCAAGAGGUUCGAUGUGACCCAGGGCGGCUGGGUUGGAGCAUGA